AUCACUAGCUAGUAGGUUUCUCCAGGCACAGGUAUGAGUGCAGUGUGCAGUGUGGGUCGGGGCUGGUGGGGGGGUGUGUGGCCCAAGUGGCCCUAGGACCCCCCCCACCAUGGAAUACCAACUCGGGUAUGACACCCUGGGGUGCUGCAACCAAUACCAAGAAAGUCCCCAGGACGCCGAGGACUUCCUAUUCCUGCUGCUGGGCCUCAUCAUUCUUGUCAACAUUGGGAUCAACCUGGCAACUGCGAUGUGGCAUGGACUCCAGAAUGCCUUAGACAAGAUGAUCUCUUGGAUUAACCAGAAAAAUGAAGUCCCGCAGGCUUCUGAAAGUCCCCCCAAAGAUCCCCCAGCCACGACCCAGGACGUCCACAUCCACUGCAGCCUGGACCCUGUAGAAGUGAAGCUGGACCAGCCCGCCCACUGCUCUUCCUCCCAGGACCAUCACAGAAAACGCCACACCCCCUACCACCGAUUCAAGCGUGGCCGCUCCCGCCGCCGCCGCCGCCACCACCACCACCACCACCACCACCACCACCGCCCCUGCAGCCACCAACGGAAGCAGAAGAACUCAAGACAGUUUCCCCACAAAAGCCCAGUCUUUUUUAGCCAAAACCACAACUGCAAGGUGUCCCAGCUGCAGUCGAUGCCUUCCUUUGAUCAGGAGGACCCAGACUCCUACUUGGAGGAGGAAGAUGACCUGUCCUUCCCACAUCCCAAGUACCCACAGGGGUGUUGGGGAGGAGGAGUUUACCAGCAAAUGGGCCUGCCCUCCAGUGUGGGGCUGUGGGGCCGCCAGGGUGGGAUCCUGGCCAGCCUGCCACCACCCUCUCUCUACCUGUCCCCUGAGCUGCGCCGCAUGCCCAAGCGUGUGGAGGCCAAGUCUGAGCUGAGACUGCAGUCCUACAGGCCCCAUUGCUCCCAGUCCCACAUCUGGAGUAACGUGGAGGCAGAGGAGUGGGUUUCAACUCCACCACCUCCCCGCCGGCUGACCCCUAACUCCUGCGGGGUCUCUGGAGGAUACAACCCGUACCCCUCAAGGGGCCAGCUGCAGUGUGACUCCUGGGAUCAGCGGCGGCGUACUAUGGAUGGUUCUGAGCCCCCAUAUGCCCUGAUGCCACGGGGCUCCCGGCCUGAGACCCGGGAACACUGCUCCCCACAAUCACACCGGCACAGCCUCCAAGGCCAUGUUUACAGUCAGCCCAACCCCUAUCCAUCUGCAGGACACUUGAACCACAAUUCUCGAGAUCCCCAUGAAGUUCGGCGACGGACAGCCGAAUGGUCUGAAGCACUGCCCACUCGGUACCCCUUGACCACCUCCACUUCCCUCACCACGUUGGGCGAGCCCUCAUACCAACGGUGCCCACCUAACUGCUCAGCCCUGGUCCCACACAGCUCCCAGCCCCUGCCUGAAGUCCAGACUGUGGAGCCCCCCCCAUCCCUACCCACCUUCAUGCCACUCAGCCGGAACCCAGGGGGCAAUGCCAACUGCCAGGUGUAUGAUAGUGUAGAGUUGAAGCGGCAGGUGCAAGAGAGCAGAGCAAGGGCCAACUCACUGCCACCACCUUCCACUUCAGCCUCGCGGCCCUCUCUGCAGAGGACCCGGAAUGGGAAACUUAACUGACCAGGGGCAUUGCGGGUGGCAGGGCAUGGAGCGAGGAAUAAAGAACAACAGAGU